CUUCACAGUUGCUGGAGCGUAGUGCAAGUUCAGGGAGCUGUCCGACAACCAUGGAGAAGUACUGCGGCAUUGUCUACGAGCUGGACGUUCAAGGCCAGCAGAACAUGGAGCAGUUCUUGCGCGCACUAGGUGUCAGCGACCAGUUGGCCGUAGACUUUGUGCUGUCGGCGUCGUGCAGGGUGACUCUGACGUCAGACGGUGACGAGUUCACGCAGCAGACGAGCACCUGCUGCUACGAGGACGUGGUGAGCUACCGGCUUGACGAGUGCUACGAGCAGCAGGGCUACGACGGCCGCCUCGUCAGCAGCCUGGUGACGGAGCCGCGGCCCAGCACACACCUGCAGCAGCAGACGUACGAAGACGGCACCUCCGUCACCAUCGAGAAGCGCUUCAGCACCACGGAGCUCGUCAUGAUUCUAAAGAUUGGUGACGUCACGGCAAGGAGGACCUUCAGAGCAACUACGAUGUCAGAGGGAUGUUAUACGUCAGUUUCACAGCAGACGGCGCAGUCUUGCCCUCCAGAUUGUAUUUUACAAGCAGAUGGUGCUUGACUGACAAAACGAAUUUCCCAGAACAUAUUUCCACUAACACCAAUUACAAACUGCUUAGGCAUAUCGCAGCUAGAACGAUACCGUUCUCGCUAUUUCCAGAGACCUCACACUCGACUCUUGGCAGUUUUUUCUCCACUUCACAUUUCCUGAGAGAAACAGUCGCUUUUAUGAUUCACGAAAGUGCUGUUUAAGGUUAUAUUUGAUAACCAUGGUGCAACUAUGAUUUGUAGACCAGAAGCUUCUACGUAUAAUAUCAAGAAGAUGUGUUACACAGCAGUAGUUAUGGGAGAAACCUGGAAAAUGUAACGUGACGUGCAUGGAGCAGAGACGUUCCCUGUAUGGUACAGACACAAUAUGUCUCCACACUUUUGGCAACAACACUGACCGUCCUGUGGAACAGGAACGGCCGUUGGAUAGAACUUCAAAGUUGGAUAUAGAGUCAACUGUGGAGUUGAAGAUCUCAGGC